GUUGAGGACAAAUUGAGGAGAUGACCUAGUAAUGAAUCUGAGAUAGCAGGCAAAAGGUUGUAUCUGGGUCAGCUACAAUCAUCAAAGUGUCUCAAAAUCUUUUCUUUUUCCUUCCCUUUUUCUUCUUCCAUUCAAAUUCAAUUCAAUUCAAUCCAAUUCAAUUUCAUUUCCCCCACUAUUUAUGUGUCUGCUUAACAUGCUGCAGCACUAAGCUUGUGUUCACUGUUUGAAGCUAGAACAGUAACAGAAGGGGGCAUUGUUGGUUCUGAUAGAUCUCUGAUCUGGAAAUGAGUGCUUCCAGGUUCAUCAAGUGUGUCACCGUCGGUGAUGGCGCUGUGGGCAAAACCUGCUUGUUGAUUUCCUACACCAGCAACACUUUUCCCACGGACUACGUGCCCACCGUUUUUGACAAUUUCAGUGCUAAUGUUGUUGUGGAUGGAAGCACUGUAAACCUAGGUUUAUGGGAUACUGCUGGUCAGGAGGAUUACAAUAGAUUAAGACCCUUGAGCUACCGAGGAGCUGAUGUCUUUAUACUGGCAUUUUCUCUUAUCAGCAAGGCCAGCUAUGAAAAUAUUGCAAAGAAGUGGAUCCCUGAACUGAGGCAUUACGCACCCGGUGUUCCAAUAAUUCUAGUUGGAACGAAGUUAGAUCUUCGGGAUGAUAAACACUUUUUGGCAGACCACCCUGGUGCAGUACCAAUUACUACAGCACAGGGAGAAGAAUUGAGAAAGCUGAUUGGAGCUCCUGCCUACAUCGAGUGUAGUUCGAAAACACAGCAGAAUGUGAAAGCCGUCUUUGACGCUGCCAUCAAAGUGGUUCUGCAACCGCCAAAGCAAAAGAAAAAGAAGAGGAAGGCACAGAAGUCCUGCUCAAUAUUGUGAUUAAGAAUCAGAAACUAUUAGGAGGUAGUGACUGUCUGGCCAACCUUUUAAGCUGCCUCUGCAUCAAUUUGUCUUGUUUUAUUUUGUUCCCCAUCCUCUGUAGCAAGAGCAGGAGGCUGUGUAUAGUUUGGACUGACAUCUUAGGGCUUUUGAAUAGCAACCUUACAGGCUUGCCUCAUUUCAUCCACUGUAAUUACAAUCAGCAUAAUCAUAUAUGCCCAAUGCCAACGUACUUCCUGUAUUAUAAGUAAGUGUGUCACUUUAUAAGAGUCUUGUUCACUUUUUGUCUCGAAGCAAGAGUGCUAACGCUUGUUUGCUCCGGCGCUAAUGAGUAUCCAGACAUAGUAUAAGCUGCUUGCUUUGGUCAUAUUGUUGGCCUUUACUUGUGA